AUGGCCGUCGGCCAACUACCGAAGAGCUCUUCGGACCCUGAAAUAUCCUCGACCCGCCCCGCCAGGCCCAAGUUCCACCACAGAUGCACCAAUGAUCGAAUUCGCGAAGGCUCAGGAACGCCGCCGUUAUUCUUCUCCAUGACGGGAAAGAUUCGAAAAGAUCGCAAGUCGGUGUUUAGGGAGGUUGGCUUGGACACGGAGGAGCCCAACGGUCCCUAUUUCAGCGAGCACGAGUUUGGAGAAAUCACGGGACUUGCCUCACCAACAAGCACACAUCGACCAGACACCGCGCAGGGAAAUACGAGUGACGAUGGGAAGGACGAUACUGAACAGCGGCAACCACGAGACGAGCGAGACGAAGCCGAGUCACCAACAUCACCAUCACAGAAGCCGUGGUACUCGAGGUUGACGCCCGGUCGACGGCCGAGAGUGAGGACAGCAUCAAGUGCGCCGCCUCCCAGCGUUUCUAGCUUCACGCGACUUUCCACGAUUGCACUGCUUAUUGCUGUGGUAAUUCCUGCGUUUAGUUAUUACAAGGGUGCUGAGGAGGUUGCGCCGCUUGCUGGUGCCGACGCCGGCGUGAUCUACUAUCGAGAUAUGAAGCCCGGGCCGAUACUCGAGACGAGGGCUGACAGCCCAACCAAAGCGUGCAAGCGAUGGGCUCAUCAGAGUGAGCAUCGAAUACGCCCGACCAGACGUAUGACAACUGGAGUAAGCACCUGUCACUUAUCGCACCUUUACCUGUUCCUUGCUCACCUCUCUGCAGACAACAACCUCCUCGUCCUCGACCUGACCCGCAGCUGGGACAUCACCUCCCCCUCCCUCCGCGGCCUCCCCCAGCCCUCCGGUCCCCCCGCAGUAUCCCUAGGCUACCUCUGGAACGACUACAACAACCUCUACCUCUACGGCGGGCAAUUCUCAGACAAACCGGUCGCAGACGUCCCUCCGCUUUCCAUCUGGCGCUACUCGAUCAAGUCCCAGUCCUGGGACGAGUUCAAAAACCCAAAGACAACCGCGGGGAAUUAUUCCACCGACGCUGACAUCCCCCUUGAGCGCGCCGCCGAAGGAGCUGGUAUCUCUGUGCCUGAGUUGGGGUUGAGUUGGUAUUUUGGUGGACAUCUAGACAGCCACACCACACCUGGAUGGUCGAUACAUGUGCCAAGGUUGUACCUGAAGAGUUUGUUGGAGUUUACCCACCCGGGAUAUGUGAAUGACGGGUUGAGGAUUGAUGGGGCGGGGAGUGAGGGUGCGUUUAGGAAUAUUACCGAGGGAGGGUUGCAGGUGCAGGAUGCCUUCUCGGAACGGGGAGAUGCGGCGCUGGUGUUUGUGCCAGGCUGGGGAGAGAGGGGGAUAUUGAUUGGUUUGGCGGGAGGGAAAGUGGGAGGGGACCUGAUUGAUGAUUUGAGGACGCUGGAUGUUUUUGACAUCGAGACGUCAGAGUGGUAUCAUCAGGAGACGACUGGGGAGGCGCCGAGGGUGAGGGUGAAUCUUUGUGCGGUCGUGGCGAGCGCGCCGGAUGCGAGUAGCUUUCAGAUCUAUGAAACACAAACUCAGUACAACGACAUGUACAUCCUCUCCAUCCCCGCCUUCACCUGGAUCAAAGCCCCCUCGUUCUCCUCCUCCUCCACCGCGCCCAAAGCCCGCGCCGGCCACACCUGCAACCUCCGCGACGGCCAAAUCAUUGUUCUGGGAGGCUACACCGGCGCCUCCACCCCAUGCGAAUCCCCUGGCAUCUGGGUCUUCAACGCCUCCUCCCUCACCUGGUCUUCCCGCUUCAACUCCCUCGAUCACCCCCCGGACAUCUCCCCCGAGAACUCCGUUUUAGGCGCCUCCUACGGGUACACCGUCCCCGACCCCGUAGCAGAAGUAAUCGGCGGCUCCCCCUCCGGCGGCGCAACAGUCUCCCAACCCCUAGUCGGUAAACCCACCGCCGGUCCCUUCGCCACCGGCAAACCCCCCAUCUGGACACUCCCAGGUAGCACAGCAACCGUAACCGCCUGGGGCCCCGACGCAACCUCCACCGUCCCCCCCGGCUCCGACCCCCAAUCUCCCGACAGCAACAACAGCAACAAUGACAAUGCCGAAUCCCGAAAAGGAGGCCUCAUCGCAGCAGGCGUCAUCGCCGCCCUGGCCGGGCUAGCAGCCCUCUACCUAGGCUACUGCGCCUGGCUGUACCGCCGCCAGGUAAAAGCCUACCGCUCCCACCUCGCCGUCGCAAACCGCUACUCCGGUCCGGCAGGAGCCUCAACCGGCACCUUUUCCGGCCUGGCGGCCUUCUUCGGCGGCGGGAGAAAAGGAAGCAAAAAGUCCAACAACAGCGGCAGCAACCACGGAACGGUCGUCACGGAAAAAGAGCGGUACUACCCCUCCAAUCGGAUGUCUACCUCCACGACGGACUCACUUUUUGCGACGUCGUCCGGCGCAGGGGGGGUGGAGCCAAGAACAAUGUUUGACGACGACGACGGCGCCCACCACGAUCUUGGGGUACCACAGCGGCCGGGGCAGUGGUGGAGAGAUCAGGAGGGUGGUCAGGGGAGUAGCCAGACUGCGGUCAAUACUACUGCUUCUGGACCUUCGGGGGCGUCACCUGGUGAUCAUAUUCAGGACGAGGAGGUUGGGAUGGGCAAAAAGGUUGAACGAAGGGGGAGUACGAGCGGGGAAAGCGCCAGUUCGACGGAGCGGUUGCUCGAGGGGCAGGAGCCGAGCUUUUUCAGCGUGGUGAUGAAGCCGAGGAGGGCGUUGAGGGUGGUGAAUGGGUUGGAGGGCGAGGUUACGAGCGCUUGA